UGACAGCAGUCCAAAGGAAAAGUAUGUAAACCAAUUUUCAGACAGCAAUAUCCCAGCAAAGACUAGCCAAGAUCCGCGUCUCCUCUCUUUCCAAUCUCUCUCUCUCUCUCUCUCUCUAAAUUUCAGCUGCUGAUUGACUAUACAGAAGCUUAAUUUUCUGGUUUUAAAAAAAAAUGGCGAGUGGGUAUGGGGAUGCGAGCCAGAAGAUAGAUUAUGUAUUCAAAGUGGUGUUAAUCGGUGACUCAGCUGUAGGCAAGUCACAGAUACUGGCUCGAUUUGCUCGUAAUGAAUUUAGCCUGGAUUCUAAGGCCACAAUUGGGGUUGAGUUCCAGACACGAACCCUAGUCAUUCAACACAAGUCUGUUAAAGCUCAGAUCUGGGAUACUGCUGGUCAAGAACGAUAUAGAGCUGUUACAAGUGCAUACUACAGGGGAGCUGUUGGAGCUAUGUUGGUUUAUGACAUAACGAAACGCCAAACCUUUGAUCACAUACCCCGUUGGCUGGAAGAAUUGCGUGCACAUGCCGAUAGGAAUAUCGUGAUCAUGCUGAUCGGAAACAAAACAGAUCUUGAAGACCAACGAGCUGUCCCUACCGAGGAUGCUAAAGAAUUUGCCCAGAAAGAAGGAUUAUUCUUCUUGGAGACUUCUGCGAUGGAAGCGACAAACGUGGAGGAUGCAUUCUUGACUGUUUUGACAGAGAUCUUCAACAUUGUGAACAAGAAGAAUCUUGCUGCAGAUGAGAAUCAAUCCAAUGGCAAUCCUGCAUCUUUAACUGGAAAGAAGAUUCUUGUACCUGGUCCUGGACAAGUUAUCCCAGAAAAGAAAGCAUGUUGUAGUUCUUGAUAUAUCGGGAUCCGACGUUUGUUUCACUUUUUAGGCGACAAUUUUCCGGGGUAUUAAAAUUUCAAAUUUUUACUGAUAGUCAUUCUUGAAACUCUCAUGUAUUCGGUUGUAAAUUUUAUUAUUUUGUGAUGGUUUUUGUGAAAGGAAAUGAAUAUAUUGUUGUCUGUGAGGAGUGAGGGCAACAGCAGCAGACUACAUGUGCUUUUACUAGUUAAUAUUAUGUUUGUUGUUUAAC